AUGGAUUCGAAUCAGAGAGAUGCAGCGCAAGGUUCUCAGGCUUCGGUCAGAGUUCUGGAGCUCUACGAAUUAGCAGAGACCAUUCUACUAUAUCUUCCACUGCAGGACCUUCUGCUGGCGAACAGAGUCUGCAAGACAUGGCACGACGUGAUGGAAAGAUCCGACAAGAUCAACAAAGUGCUAUUCAAGCAGCCUAUGGACGACCGUAGGAUCUCAUAUCCGCACGAGACUUUCAAGCUUGCACCUGGGAUGACGCAGCCGAGCUGGCGAACAAAAGACACUCCCGAUUCCGGAGUCGCAUAUCCGGCCAUCAACCCUUUCAUAGCCAAGAGCAUCCGCGAGGGGCCAUAUUAUGGUACAAGUAUCCAUAGUUUCCUUGUCAAGGUCUGUCCACGGGACGGGCAGGCCUGCGCUACGCUGCGAUGGGGCGAUGGCGGGUCUUGGGCAACGAUGCUGCUCACUCAGCCGCCUGCAAAGAAAUUGUUCUACCAGUGUCGAGCCAGCCGGAUGUGGUCACCGAAUUACAUUCUAGGUACUUUCUCGGCGGAUUCAAUUUGGCCACCUGACUCUCGCAGAGGUGUGGAAUUGGGAGAGAUUGCUGAGAGCUUGAAGACACACAUGGGAAAGUGUCCUGAGUGUCCGAAUGACUUGCCAAAGAUGACGACAUGUUUCCACGGGGUUCGGCAUACACAGGCUGUGCAGGCUUCGAUUACGACGGGCUGGGAGAUGCUAGCUCUGCUUGAGUGGAGGACUUGA